AUGCAUGCCCUUGCCCUGGUCACCGCAUCGCUGGCUACCCUUGCCGGCGCCGUUCCGACCAGCGAGAGCAAGCCAUCCGAGAACAUCGCAAUUAGCAACUUCACUGUGCGCAAGGACAGUUCUCCAUCUGGCACCAAGAUCAACGUCGUCGACUUCAAACUCAGUGGCAAGGACGCCAGCAACCUCUCGUGCACCGCCCAGAGUCCUGACUUCCCCACGCCAAAGGAGGUGACGACCUGCGGAGACUCCAAGUAUAGAUUCAGCCUGCACGCUGGCAAGGACGGAAAUGAAUUCAGUUUGAGGAUCUACCAUGAGCUAGGCCUCGCCGUUGGAUACAGGGGCCAGGGCAACGUGCCUACAUACUGUCACGCUGGGGGCAACGGCCCCACGGACUUUGUCUGCACCCAGGUUGCGCCUGUGGAUAUUGUCAUUGACAACACACCCCCUCCGAUUGACCCAUAG